UUCGGUGGUGCGCACGGCCGCACGCUCCCCGGAGACCGACGAAAGUUCACACGCGGUCGGAAAACUUUAUCCCGGCUCUAGUAGAGUAACGAAUAACAAUUACACGUUGAAAUAUUAGUUUGAAACUCUUCUGGAAUGUUCUAAUGAUCCUUGCAAUGCCUUUUCGUCGAUGAUUUGAUGUUUUUACCGAGUGUCCCAUGGCUUGAAAAAGGCUUUGCUUGAUAGCAGAGUCGGGCAACGUGGUUGGAAAUAUGCAGCAGCCUUGGUGGUCCAUUUAUUUACUGGCCAUUUUCAUGUUAGGAUUGGACUCUAAACUUGUUGGUCAAGCAUUCCAGCCAGAAUUUGCUGAACCGUUAAUGAAUUUAACUGUACCUAUAGGACGAGAUGCAACAUUUAGAUGUCUAGUACAAAACCUUGGAGGAUACAGAGUUGGCUGGGUGAAAGCCGAUACUAAAGCGAUACAAGCAAUCCAUGUUCACGUAAUAACAAACAAUCACCGAGUCGGAGUGUCGCAUAACGGUCAGACCGUUUGGAAUUUACACAUUAGAAACGUACAGGAGGAGGAUAGGGGUCAAUACAUGUGUCAGAUCAAUACAGACCCAAUGAAAAGCCAGAUGGGUUACUUGGAGGUGGUAAUCCCACCAGAUUUUAUUCCUGAAGAGACAUCAGGGGACAUAAUGGUGCCUGAAGGUGGUACUGCCAAAGUCUCUUGUCGAGCGAGAGGCAUGCCAGAGCCCCGUGUUCUCUGGAGAAGAGAAGAUGGUGCUGAUAUUGUUAUCAGGGAUCCUAAUGGAACAAAAACAAAAGUUGCGAUGUACGAUAAAGAGGUGUUGGCACUGACGAAAAUAUCACGUUCGGAUAUGGGUGCAUAUCUGUGCAUCGCGAGUAACGGUGUGCCACCCUCAGUCAGCAAAAGGAUAACUAUUAAAGUACAUUUCCACCCGGUGAUUCAAGUGCCUAACCAGCUGGUCGGGGCUCCACUGGGCACUGACGUCACCAUCGAGUGUUACGUCGAGUCUUCACCAAAAUCCAUCAAUUAUUGGGUUAGAGAUUCAAAUGAAAUGGUGAUAUCCUCAAGUAAAUAUGAGGUGGUGAAUACAGUGAUGAGUUCUUUCGAGAGUCGCAUGGCGCUGACAGUGAGAAGACUGACGUCAGCAGAUGUUGGUGGCUACAGGUGUGUCGCGAAGAAUUCACUUGGUGAAGUUGAUAGCGUCAUCAGGUUGUAUGAAAUCCCUGGACCAACAGUAAAGAACACAAGUCCAGCGAACAAAAGAGAAGAGUACAGGUAUUCCACCCCCAUAGAGGGGCCAGACAAUCAAUUCGGCUCUGCUGACAGAUCGGACGACGAAGAUGAACGAGACAUCGGCACAUACACAACUGACAGACAUUCAAAUGCAUACAAAAAUGAAAAUGUAACUAGAAACAGAACUAUCAAUUAUUCCCCAACAACAGAACAAAAGCUGAACAAUAAAGUUCGAAAAAUUAUUAACAAAUUCGAUAUAGAAGAGUUUGGCAACAACAGAUGUUGCGUGCAUUCUCUAUUCGCAAUAAACUGUGUUCUUUCGUUAGGAAUUAUUGUAGUACUAGAUUAUACGUAGACACGUUUGUAUGUUGUUAUUGUAUAGAUAUGAAUGUUUAUAUUGUUAACCAAACAGUACUUCGGUACUCAUUCCAGUAUUAUAAGGCACGAUGCAACAUAACGUAGCCUCCAACCAUAAUUAAUUGAACGUUUUGAAGUGGGUACGAAAUUGAUAUUGAUGAGAGAGUUCCGUAGCUAUGGAAAUUAAUAUUCUAUUGACGCGAUAUUGGUACAUUACAUUAUUACCUGUUAAUCGAAUAUUUAUAAAAGGUUUACUAUAUAACCUCAUGUGUGGUGUGGUAUCAGAUUAUAUUGCAAAACUAUAUUAAUAAAAACCUGUGUUUGAAAUACGACCGAUUUUGAAUAAUACAGUUGACGAAAACGUUGUGAUUAUUACAUCCUCAACAAAAUCUUUGUUGGUAUUAUCAAGCAUAAUAUCAUUUUCAGAUUUGGCAAUUGCUUUUUUCAUGUUUCUUUCCUAGACAGUUUCGUUUAUUUAGUCUGAUCCUGAAACCCAAUCAUUGGAUCGAUGGAAUUGAGUUUUCGAUUUCAAACUCAGUUGUAAAGCUAACACUGGAUUUGGACCCCGAUGACAAUAGUCUUCGUUUUGAGACAGAUGACUAUCUAUUCAAAACAAGUGAAUGUUCUACAUCUUAUUACUUAUUAUCGGAAAUACUAAGUGUUUGCUCAAGCGUGGGUGUACCUAUACAGUAUACGUAUUGGUUCUACGUGGUUCUACGAAAUUUCAACUUUUGUAAUGUUUUGAAAACCUUAUGUUCCAUAAUUCCCAACUUCUGUGUAUUACUAGGCAAAUUAAUUCAUUAAGAUUACAACGUUGUUAUAUUAACUUUACUAAAAUUCUUAAGAAGUUGAUCAAGUGAAGUUAAGUAGACGUUCCAGGCAACAAUUCAUUAUUUUGUAUGUACUAAAUAUUUAUAACGUAUGUACAUACAUGAAAUUUAGUGUAUGUUUCUACGCUUCAAGUGGAGUAUAUUUUAGUACUUUGCUUACCACUAGGUGAGAUAGUGGUCAAACGUCGGCCUAUCAAAUAUAAAAAAGUAAUAUGCAGAAAUAAACAGCAUACCAGUUGGUAAGGUGGUAUUGACACAUCAUUUCCCAUCAUUUUCUUUCUUCAUCUUCUUUCUGAUCUACUUAUACUCAAAUCUGACGCUAAUAGUAUUACUGGGUGUGAUUUUUGUCCUGAUUAAAACCUUUACUGUCUGCGGACUCCAGACUUACUCCUCCAUUUUGUCAUUUUUUCAACACAAAUUGUAUGUUUUUCAUGAAAUAUUUAACUUCAUUUUAAUUAUAUUUUUUGACAAGACUUUUGUGUGUGUAAAAAAAGGAGCAUUUAAAAGGCUUGUCACACACCGACAGACAGGAUUUUUUAUUAAUGUAAAUGCGGCUUUAAAUUCGAAUCCGUGGCGAAUGUAACUGUGAAUGGAUGUUGGUGACAAUACUUUGUUGAAUAUUUAAAAUUAUCAUCCCAUACCAUGUGUUGAGGGGUUUAUGUCGACUUAUAUCUACGUAUUUGCUUUUGAAUUUUUCGCAUCUUAUUUUAUCCUCUUCUUCAUUUUAUGGUGGGUCUAUGUUCCGUUUUUAAAUGUAUGAACUCAAGAAAACUUAUGUCUGUCCGAUUCCGUUGUCUUAAAGUUUAAAAAAUAACCCAAUUCUAACUUUAAUAGAACCUUAUUAAGUAAAUAACGUAAAUAUAAAAUUACCACAGAUCGUAUCAAAAUUUCAUUUCGAUCCGAAUUAAAUUGGAAACUUCAAUGUUUUAUGUAAAUAUAUUCAUAAUUUUGGAAACAAAAAGUCGAAACCAACACGCAUUAAAACUAAAAGCAGUUUAAUUCCCCUCUGUGAUAUACACAUAUAUUAUAAUUUGGCAACAUCGAAAAACGUAAUUAGCAGUUACCGAAAUAUAAAUUCAAUUAAAUUUUUAUUUUGGGAAUUCGAUCACAUAUGUAUGUAUUUUUUUG